AUGUUCGAGGCCCGCCUCAACCAAGCUGAUAUUUGGAAGAAGGUCAUCGAUGCAAUCAAGGAUUUGGUGCAGGAGGCUACUCUUGAUUGCACCGAAAAUGGCAUUAGUCUUCAAGCUAUGGACAACGCGCAUGUCAGCCUGGUUUCUCUCUUGCUAAGAAGUGAUGGAUUUGAAACGUAUCGGUGUGACCGGAAUCUUUCUUUGGGGCUUAACAUUGGAAGUACUGCCAAAAUUUUGAAGUGCGCUAGUGGGACUGAUGCGGUCACUCUUAAAGCCGGUGACAAAGCCGAUACGCUUACUUUCGUUUUUGAGUCAAGAAACCAGGAGAAGGUUUCAGACUUCGAGAUCAAGCUUAUGGAUCUUGAUGUAGACCACCUUGGCAUACCAGAUACUGACUACAAAUGUGUGAUUAAAAUGCCAUCCUCUGAGCUGCAGCGCAUUUGCCGCGAUCUCAGCCAAAUCGGAGAUUCCGUUGUUAUUUCUGUUGCCAAAGACGGCGUGCUCUUCAGCUCUACUGGCGAUCUCGGGACUGGCAACAUCAAACUGUCGCAGUCUGCCAACGCUGACAAGCCCGAGGAAUCCGUUUCGAUAGAGAUGAAUGAGGCUGUCAGCAUGACCUACUCUUUGCAUUAUUUCAAUAUCUUCACUAAGGCUACACCUCUUUCGAGCCAAGUUGUGCUUUCUUUGACAGAAAAUGUGCCCGCAGUGGUCGAAUUCAACAUUGAAGACUUGGGAUAUAUCCGUUACUAUUUGGCUCCAAAGAUCGAAGAUGAUGCUGAUUAAACUUUGGGUGGUGCCUGUGCACACUUGACGUAUAUUUUUGUACAU